AGCUUCUAGUAGAUGAAGUGUUUUAGACGUCAUUUUUGACGUUAGUAUCAACCCAAUAAUGCAUGGGCGUACUCCAAGGAAGACUUGGGUCAUGAACCACGGCUCAAUUUUAUAAGGAGCUCUAAGGCAUAAGGCUUACGUUUGACCUGACAUCACAUGUUCUUCUCUGUUCUUCUCUGUUCUUUCCACCCCUUUGCUGCCUUCUAUAUAAUUCCCCUCUUUCCCCUUUCCUUCAUUCAUCGCAUUUCAAAAUUCAAACCCACUUUCUCUUCUCUACUUUUCCUUCCUUUUCUAUUAACCAUAACCGCCGCCGCCGCCGCCGCCGCCUCCAUGGAAGCUCCGCUUGCCAUCCCUCAUCUGGCUCUUUUACCGAGCCCUGGAAUGGGCCAUCUCAUUCCACUCAUCGAAUUUGCCAAACGCCUUCUCUCCCACCACCGUUUAACCAUCACAUUCGUCAUCCCUUCCGAUGGUCCGCCGUCCACGCCUCAAAAGGCCGUCCUCGAUUCUCUCCCUGCCGGCAUCGAUUACCUCUUCCUCCCGCCGGUUAGCUUCGACGAUCUCCCCGCUGCCUCCAAAAUUGAAACCAUCAUUACUCUCACCAUUUCUCGCUCUCUCCCUUCCCUUCGGAACGUACUCAAAUCCAUGGUCGCUAAUUCCAACCUCGUCGGAUUGGUCGUCGAUCUUUUCGGCACCGACGCCUUCGAUUUAGCCAAAGAAUUCAACAUUUCCUCUUAUAUGUUCUUCCCCUCCACCGCUAUGUUUCUUUCCUUUGCUCUGUUUUUACCCAAACUCGAUGAAUCCGUCGCCGGCGAGUUCCGCGACCUCCCCGAGCCAAUCAAAAUCCCGGGAUGUAUUCCGAUUCAAGGCAAAGAUCUGUUGGACCCAGUUCAAGAUCGGAAGAACGAAGCCUACAAAUGGACGCUUCACAACGCGAAGAGGUAUGCUUUAGCAGAUGGGAUUUUUCUCAACAGCUUCCAGGAAUUGGAGCCCGGAGCAGUAAAUUAUCUGCAAGAAGAGGAAGCAGGGAAGCCCCCUGUUUACCCAAUUGGACCAUUGGUGAAAAUCGAUGCAAAUGAGAAGGAAGAAAGGGCAGAGUGUUUGAAGUGGCUGGACGAACAGCCACAUGGGUCUGUUCUGUUUGUGUCAUUUGGAAGCGGUGGCACUCUGUCGAGCGAUCAAAUCAACGAAUUGGCAUCGGGAUUGGAAAUGAGUGGACAGAGAUUCAUAUGGGUUGUUAGAAGUCCAAGCGAUAAAGCCGCAAACGCCACCUAUUUCAGCGUCCAAAGUCAGAGUGAUCCAUUGGCUUUCUUGCCAGAAGGGUUUGUAGAGAGGAUCAAAAACAGAGGCCUGGUGGUGCCGUCAUGGGCGCCGCAGGCUCAGAUCCUCAGCCACAGCUCCACCGGCGGGUUUUUGACACACUGUGGAUGGAAUUCAACUUUAGAGAGCGUGGUUAAUGGGGUUCCUCUGAUUGCUUGGCCGCUUUACGCAGAACAGAGAAUGAACGCAGUGAUGCUAACAGAGGAGAUCAAAGUGGCGUUGAGGCCGAAAACGAAUGAGAAAAAUGGGAUUGUGGAGAAGGAAGAGAUUUCGAAAGUGGUGAGAUCGGUGAUGGAAGGGGAAGAGGGGAAGAAAGUGCGUCGGAAAAUGAAAGAUUUGAAGGAAGCAGCUGAAAGAGUUGUUGGAGAAGAUGGAUCAUCCACCAAAAUAGUGAGUGAUGUGGUAAACACGUGGAAGGCCAGAAUUUCCACGUAGGAAAAUUAGAUAAAUUUUUCUUUCCUUUUGUUGCAUUUAGAAAUCCUCUGCUGUCUCUUCAUCGUGUUCUUCGUUUAUUCAUCUAAAAAAAUGUCACUUAUUUUACUUGCCUACAAGGAU